ACUGCACACACACACACACACCACACGCCGGCUAUCUGGCUCUGUACGUGUGUGGCACGGGGCGCGGGGACGAGAGAGCCGUGUCGUCGUCCAUUUGGGUUUUGGGCAUCGAUCGAGUAGUAGCGAUGGCGCUGGAGGCCGUGGUGUUCUCCCAGCCCCAGGCGGCGGCGGGCCACUUCGGCUACGGCCGCGGGGACUCGACGACGUACGCGGUGCCGUGGUGCGACCUGCUACAGGGAGGCGUAGGAGGAGGAGGGGGAGGGUUUGGCGAUCUCUGCGCGGCGGGCGAGUGGGACCUCGACAUCGACACCUGGGCCGCCGCCGCCGCCGCCGCGCCCACCGUGGAGCUGGGGGGCGACGACUGGGACUGGGAGGCGCUCUCCCGGGACUACCAGUCCUCGGACGCCUCCACGGAGUACUACCACGGCGGCAGCAGGAAGGCGGCGGCGGCGCCCGAGCCUGCGGGGAGGAGGAAGCGGAGGCGCGCCAAGGCCGUCAAGAACAAGGAGGAGAUCGAGAGCCAGCGCAUGACCCACAUUGCCGUCGAGCGCAACCGCCGCCGCCAGAUGAACGAGUACCUCGCCGUGCUCCGCUCCCUCAUGCCGCCGUCCUACGCGCACAGGGGUGACCAGGCAUCCAUCGUCGGUGGCGCGAUCAACUACGUGAGGGAGCUGGAGCAGCUGCUGCAGUCGCUAGAGGUCCAAAAGAGCAUCAGGAGCCGGCCGGGUGCAGGCGCCGGCGCCGCUGACAGCUCCCCGUUCGCCGGCUUCUUCAGCUUCCCGCAGUACUCCGCCACCACCACCUCGGCCCACGGAGGCUGCUCGGGCAACAACAACAACAACACGGGCAGCGGAGGAAACCGCAGCGACGCGGCCGCCGCAGGAGCAGGAGCAGCAGGGUCGUCGGCGGUCGCGGACGUGGAGGUGACGAUGGUGGAAGGGCACGCCAGCCUCAAGGUGCUGGCGCGGCGGCGGCCCAAGCAGCUGCUGAAGCUCGUCGCGGGGCUGCACCAGCUGCGCAUCCCGCCGCUGCACCUCAACGUGACCACCGUCGACGCCAUGGUCCUCUACACCUUCAGCCUCAAGGUGGAGGAUGACUCCAACAUGGGCUCUGUUGAGGAUAUCGCCGCCGCUGUGCAUGAGAUUAUCGGCAGCAUAGAGCAGCAGCAGCAGGAGGAGGGAGAGACCGCCGUCAUGUGAAGCUCUGCACUCUGCACGACUGCACCCGCACAUAUCUGCACUCUCUGCAUGCCCUCGUCCUGCCAAUGGAAUCCAUUUGCCUCUGUAGUAGUCUGUACACAUGUGAGCUAGUGACUGCGAUUGCGCCCAGCUGGGCACCUGAGCCAUACAUGCAGAGCAUUAUUUGUCCAAUCCGUGGUCACAAGCAGAAUAUGCUGAGAGAUCUAGCUAGCUAGUGGGCUGUAUGCAAUGAUCUAAGCAAGCGACAACCUCCGUUUUGGAGUGAGAGCAGUACCUGUAGAUAGACACACAUACAAAUUUGCCUCCCUCAACUCAAGCUACAACCACUACUGCAGUGUGCAGUCUGCAUACGCCAGACAGAAGAAUGAGUACGUGCUCGGUGAUCUAUGUAUGGCGUGUCGAUCUGCUGUAUCAUCAGUUGCUAGCUGGUACUAUACCACUAGCUCAUCUCUGGAAAUGCGUUAGCUUCAGUACCGCGGCCGUCGUCACCUCGUUCUGUUCCCUUAUCAGGUUCAGAUCGAUGGAAUGAAUGUUUCAGUCAACUGUAGCACACACGUACGUGUACGUCAGUGGGAACUAAAAAAAAUUGUUCUGCGG